AUGGCGACCGGGCCUCCUCCUCUCAGGGGCAUCAAGGUCGUCGAGUUUGCCGGCCUGGCACCAGGUCCCUUUGCGGGUCUUCUCCUCGCCGACGCUGGUGCGACGGUUCUCCGCAUCGAUCGCCCGCCGGCUGAUGUCGUGUCCCCGCCGGCGCAGGACAUGCUCACGAGGCACAAGGCCUCCGUCGCCGUCGACAUCAAGUCACCGCGGGGCGCGGCGCUCAUCCGAGAGCUCGUCGCCCGGGACGUCGAUGUCCUGAUCGACCCCUUUCGACCCGGCGUCCUCGAGAAGGCCGGUCUUGGGCCCGACGUCCUGCUUGAGCGGAACCCGCGGCUCAUCUACGGCCGCUUGACGGGCUUCCGCAGAGACGGCCGGUACCGCGACAUGGCCGGCCACGACAUCAACUACCUCGCCGUCUCCGGCGCCCUCGGCCUUCUCGGCAGGGAGGCCGACACGCCGCACCCGCCGGCGAACUUGCUGGCCGACUUCGCCGGCGGCGGCGCCACGCUCUUCCAGGCCAUCCUGCUCGCCUUGCUCUCCCGCCAGACCACCGGCCGCGGACAGGUGGUCGAGGCCAACAUGGUCGACGGCGCCAGCUACCUGGCCACCUUUCCGCGUCUCCUGCUCAAGACGCCCCUCGGCAGCCGUGGGCGUGGACGGAACCUUCUCGACGGCGGCUGCCCUUACUACGAUACGUACGCCACCAAGGAUGGCAAGUACAUGUCGGUCGGCGCCCUCGAACCGCCCUUCUUCGACGCCCUGGUAAACGGCCUCGGCCUCGGCGGUCGCGGUUGGGAGCACAGGCGCUACGACCCGGACGAGUGGCCCGAGCUGCGUCGCGCCUUCGUCGAUGCCUUCCGUCGCAAGACCCGCACCGAGUGGGAGCUCGUCUUCGACGGCACCGAUGCCUGUUGCCUCCCCGUCCUCGACUAUCACGAGCUCGAAACGGACCCGGCGCGAGAGGGCGACCAGAGACCGGCGGUGACGCUGCGCAAAACGCCCUGCCUCGCCAUCAAGCGGCUGGGCCAUGACGCUCCCGGCGACCCCGCCACGUACGGGCAAGGCCCCGGUGUCGAGGGAGACGGCUAUACCGGUGCCGCCUUGGCACCUGGCGACGGUGCCGAAGCCGUGCUCGCAAGCUGGCUGGGCUGGACACGAGGGAGGGAAUAUGUCGUGUCCGGGGGUGCCUUUGCCUUGAACAAAGCUGCUCCCAGGUUAUGA